AUGCCUUUGGUGCUAUUCGAGCUUGAUCUUGACGACCACGAGAAGAACGGACAAGAUCCACCGGCAAAGUUGCGUGCGCAUCAUGUCGAUCCUAUGGAGGUCUAUAAACAACUGUACCCGGACCAACAACCCAAAGUCAGCUUUGCUCGCAGCCCAGCAGAUGUGGUACUACCGCCGAACGCGCGGUUAGCCGUUCUGAGUCCCGUAGACUGUCUGGCACAUCUGCCGCAUGCCGUCCAUCCUGAGGCUCACUAUAACUUGCUAUCAAAAAGAGGCCUAGCGUACUCUGGUCUGCCAACCCCGGUGUCUGUUGUGAUCGACAGCCAUCUACUCCCUUCUCAAGUGCACGAUUCAUGUCUCGUCGAGACCGAAAUUCAACGUAUGCUGCGUACAGUCCACGAAAAGGAUCUCCCCUUCAUUGUGAAGGUCCCACAAUCAAUCUCUGCCCAGGGAACUUUUAUUCUGCGUACCGAACCCGAUCGACAGGAUGCCAUAGCAGUACUCCGGAAGGAGCUACGCGAGAUGAUCCAAGAAGUGCACCCAACAAAUCAACAUGUUUCCCCGUGUAGCCUGAUUAUCCAGGACUUUCUGGAAGGGGAGACAAUGGCCUUAUUGUUUGUGACGUGUAAAGGUCGCGAGAUCUUCAUCGGCUAUACCAAACAGCUUUUCAACGACAGUGGUCUUUGGUUCCUGUUCAGCAAGGGCUACUACGGCACAGCAGGCGUAGACUUCAUGAUUGGGCCAGAUGGACGUUUCCUCAUUCUCGACAUGAACAUCCGCGUCACGGGAACCUAUCACCUAGGAUGUCUUCGAGGCCACUUCAUGCAACGGGGCCUUUCAGAAGCAACUAUGCUCUAUCCACUUUACCUUGGAUGCUCGAGGGAUGAGUUCCGGGAUUUUUCCGAAACGAAUUCGAAGAUGGGAGCAUGA